AUGGGAAGACGGAACGCUGAAGGAUUAUCUCAUGACCACGGCUCACGUCACGAGGCAGAUGUGAUCAAGAAGGGUUGGAGGCAUGAGAUCGAGAAAAACAUAAUCAAGACUCGUGCAGCGAAAAUGGUAUCAUAUAUAGGUAGAAACCACUCAGGGGAGAACAAUACACAGUUUCGCAAUGGUACCCGGGGAGCAACUGCUGGCCGCGGGGUGGAACCAAGAGGUACCUUCGGGAUAAAGGGAGCUCGAACCACAGUGGAUCAGCUCGCCGGGCCUAACCGUCCGCGGCUGCGCCUAAGGCAAGCAGGUAAACGGGAUAUCGGGGGAACGGAUGAAGUCUGGUUAGAGGGGCAGAGGGAAGUAUAUCCAGCUGGCCUGCCAAGAGAUAUGCGCGAUAGGCCCGGUGGGCCGUACGAGUACCAGAGGGAAGAUGAGAUGGGGAACUGCGGGGGAGGAAACGAUCAUGUGAAGCCGAGUAUCCAUGGCAGAAAGACACAGAAGGCAGUAGGAGCAACUGCUAGAGAUAACGGGUCAACUGCAGUGACCGCAUUAGACAGUAGUUUAAUGAGAGAUGGAAGGGCUCUAACGAAUGCAAUCCUAGUCGAUAGCGCCUGGAAGCAACUAGUAGAAGGAUUGGAACAUGUGGCAAUAAUCCUGGACGAGAGCAGACCAAUUGGUGACGUUUUCGGACGAAGGGAGACUGUGGAAAGUCUGGUUGCGGGGAGGAGAAGCUGCCAGAUUCUAAGUUCCUUCCCCCAAAAAAGGCAAUCACCUGGGCUUAUUCAGAAGGCGAAAACUGACACCACAGGCUGCAGUCACGUGGAAAGAAGAAAGUCACGCCGUGCACCUGCUCUAGCCCGCGGGCUCCGAGGUCGGGUGGAUCCUGUUUCGGUACUUCGGGCAAGCGGUAAGGUAGAUCUUCCCCAGAUGGACCUCCGUCAGAGCGUCUUGGCGAUCCGGGCAUUCUCCAUUGUUCGAUGUUCGCAUAUGGCCGGUGGCCAGAGAAUCGCCCUUGCACCAGAUGGAUCAGGGACCAGUGUUUACUUCCAUCACAGGCAGCUCUAA